GGCCUGCAGAUACACAAAGUGCUAUGCAAGUUACACUCUCUAGUAACCAACAUUGUUGCCAAAUUCAUCAUGGCAUCUGCCUACCAAGUUGCCUUCAAUCGCCACUAUGACCCAGAAAAUGGACAAACUUAAUAACCUAUGGGUUUAUCACGCCUCCUUUAGUCCUAGAGCCGAAUCCAUUCGACUACUGGGGUGAUUCGAGACUGAUGAACAUCGUCACUACAUAGUUGGUUGCGAUCAUAGCUCGUGGCCCCAGCGGUAAUGACCUCAAGUUACCUUCGACAGGACUCCCCUCAGACUAAACAUAGAAACUCAUGAUGUAAAGUGUGAUAGACAAGCUAGACGGCAUCGCAGAUAAAUAGGGCUGCAAUUCCAAGACAUGAAGAUGAAUGAAUUCGCUAUCAUCAUCCUCUACAUGACAAUUACAACAACUUCAAUUAUAUAAACACCUAAGAUUGUAUUACCAAUAAAAUACAUUUACCACUUACUCAAUAUGCAUUUCACGCAACUCUUCCUUGGAAUUGGUAUUACCCAAGCCGCACUUAGUGCAGCAACCCCUAUUGCCAACGGAAGCCGAGCAGUACCUCAUGGCAUCGAGAGACGUGGCGAUGAAUACACGAUGGACCAGCUCGAUGAUCUGGAGGAAGCAGCCGAAACGGCCGAGCUAGACCAGAUCUACGAGGGUGUAGACUACUUGGUCAACAUAUGGAACGAGCAAGGCGUCGAGUAUGGUCUCAUGGGUGGCAUCGCGAUGAACCUAUACGGGUUUAAAGAUCGUGAGACGCACGACUCGGACAUAGUCGUGAGUGUGAAUUCCAGAGAUCUGCUUAGCAUGGUUGCGGAUGAUGUUAGUAUAUCCCGUCCGCCUCCCUUGAUGGCUGCUUCUGGCGUUGUUCGGCUCUUCGUGAACAUUGAUGAUCAGGAGAGAGCCGCCGACGUUUUCGUCCAAGGCGGCGAUCAGUCGCCUCCACUCGAUACAACAGAAGUGGACGGCUAUAACGUACUCAAGAUCGCACCCCUGAUUUCCUCCAAGUUGGGGCGGGGCGAGGAGAAAGACAACAACGACAUUUUGUGGCUGAUCGACAACUUGUCUGAUGAUGUCAAAGAUGCGGCUGAUGAUAUCGACAAACAGAAGAGGAUUGACUUUGCCAUCGAGUACGAAGAUGACGAUGACACAUUUGAGAAGAUUCUUGAGGCUUUUGACCUAGAUGAGGAUGACGUUGAAGACGAGGAUUAAGAUGACGACUAAAUUGAGGAGGAGGAGGAGGAGGAGGAUGAUGAUGAUGAAAAGGAGAGACUUUGAGGGGCUGGGUGUAUUGACCUGAGUAUCUCAGUGCCGUGACUAAAGCUAGUCAAAUGACUGAAUUCCCCUUGAAAUUAUCCCUGAAAUUUUGAGAUUUUCCCCUCCACACUCACUGCUUGCGCAUAGAAGCGUUAUUUCGAAUUAGAUAGUGCAUUCCAUUCCAUCAUUAC